AUGAUUAAUCAGAUAGCAGUGGCAGCGGUGGUGAUUCUCAUAGGAUGGGCUUAUAUGGCCAUAAAGCUUCCUCCACCCAAAAUAUGUGGCUCCAUUAAUGGUCCUCCAGUUACUUCACCUAGAGUGAAACUCGAUGAUGGGAGACAUUUGGCCUACCGGGAGUUUGGUUUUCCAAAGGAAGAAGCUAGGUACAAGAUCAUUGUCGUCCAUGGAUUUACCAAUUCCAAAGAUACACAUUUUCCAGUUUCUCAAGAACUUAUUGAUGAUCUUGGGAUAUAUUUCCUCUACUUCGACAGAGCAGGUUAUUGUGAGAGUGAUCCAUAUCCAUCGCGUUCAGUGAAGAGUGAAGCCUAUGAUAUUGAAGAACUAGCAGAUAAAUUGCAGGUUUUGGAAAGUGGGAAUUUGGCCCAACAGAGAUAA